UUUUUAUUUACCACCAAUGAAUUAGAAUGAGAAUCAAGAUGAAUAGAAUAAAUUUGGAAAGCCAAUGUAUCACUUAUAAUAUUUUUAUUUCUCAGAAAUGAAUAAAUUGGAGAAUUAAUGGAACAUCUUGAUAGAGAACAUGAUAGUGAAGAUGAAGGCAUGGAAGAUUAUAAAAUUGGAGGUAUUUCAUACCAUAUAACUUUUAGGUUAUCAUCCUGUUCAUAUUGGCGAAAUUUUACUUAAUCGAUAUGUGAUGAUUUAAAAAUUAGGUUGGGGACACUUUUCUACUGUCUGGUUGGCAAAGGAUUUUAAAUAUGAUACAUAUGUGGCAUUGAAAAUUCAAAAGAGUGCCUCUCAUUAUUUAGAAGCAGCUUAUGAUGAAGUGAAUAAAUAAAUUUAACAAUUAGGUUGAAAUUCUUCAAAAAGUAGCUUAAAAUGUUCAAAAUCCAGUUUGGAUAAAAUCAUUAAAGGAAUAUUAUGCAGAUGUAAGAUAAUAUAAUAUAAAUUAAUAGUAAGGAAGAACAUCUUUUAAUAGAGAUGAUACUCACACGGUUUAAUUGUUAAAUUCAUUUGUAUAUAAAGGACCUUAUGGACAUCAUUUUUGUAUGGUUUUUGAGAUUUUGGGUGUGAAUCUAUUAGAAAUCAUUAAACGAUAUGAAUAUAAAGGAGUAAUGAAUUGAUUUAAGUGUAGUGUCCAAUGGAUAUUGCAAGAAGAAUGGCAAAAUAGAUUUUAAUAGGAUUAGAUUAUCUUCAUCGAAUAUGCGGAGUAAUUCACACAGAUUUAAAACCUGAAAAUGUUUUGUUAUGUUUAUCAGAUGAAGAAAUAAAAGACAUAGUUGAGAAUGGAUAAUUGACAUCAAAUUAAUUGUUUUCAGAUAGAAUCCAUAUAUAUAGAGAAAUGUUAGGAAUUGAGAAACGUACAGAGUAAGAAAUUACAAAGAAAAAAGAAGAUGAAGAAUUAAGUGAGAGUACAACUACGAAUUUAUCAAAGACUUAGAAGAGAAAAUUAUUGAGAAAAAAGUAAUAGAAAAAAUAGAAUGAAGAGUCAAGAAAGGAAUCAUAAGAGGUUUAAAUAGAUUAAAUAGAAAUGCCAAAAUCUAUAAAGGAAUUGUUUUAAUAAUAAAAGAAGUAAUUUUAGAAUAUAAUAUAAAUUAAGAAUAUCAUUUACAUAAUAAAAGAAAUUACCUGAUAAUUUUCGUUUGAAAAUAGCAGAUCUUGGAAAUGCUUGUUGGAUUCAUCAUCAUUUUUCAACAUUAAUUUAAACCAGAUAAUAUAGAUCACCUGAAGUAUUAUUGGGAAUUAAAUAUAAUCCAACAGCUGAUAUUUGGAGUUUUGCUUGCAUGAUAUUUGAAAUGUUAACAGGAGAUUAUUUAUUUGAACCAAGAUAAGGACCUAAUUUUUCAAAGAAUGAAGAUCAUUUAGCAUAGAUAUAAGAAUUAUUAGGGAAAUUUCCAUAUGAAUAUAGUACAAGAGGAGUAAAAGCUAAGGUAAUAAAUGAGUAGAAAUAAAUAGAGAUAUUUUUAAUAGAAUGGACAAAUGAAGAGAAUACCAUAAUUACAUUUUUGGAAUUUACAUAAUGUUUUAAGUGAAAAAUAUAGAUUCAAAACUGAUGAGGCUUUAUCAUUUGCAUCUUUUAUGAUGCCUAUGUUACAUUAAUUACCAGAAUAUAGAACAACAGCUCAAGAAGUUCUAAGGAGAGAAUUAUGUUAAAAUAAUUUAGAUUAAUAACAAAGGAGAUGUUUACUUAAAAGAUAUAUAGAUUAAAUAUUCUAAUUUUAGAAUUUUAGAGAUCUUAUUCCAAGUUCUGGAUGGUUAUAAUCAUAAACAGAUCCUGGAAUUGGACAUAAGAUGAGUGAAGAAGAAUUUAAGAAAUUCACUAAAUUAAAGAAAGCUAAUGAAGAGGUAGAAUAAUUAGAUCAAGCUAUAGAAGGUAUUUAACCAACCUUAUUAUCUAAUUAUAGAAGAGUAGAUAUAAUUAUAUUUAAUUUAGGCUUCAACCAGAUCUUAUGAUGGUUCUAAUUCUUAGACUCCUUAAUAAGAUAAAUUAAAAAAAAUAGAUGGGAAGUACGUCGAACAUAGAGUUAUUGACAGAUCAUUUACUGAUUUAGGAUAUAUUGGAUAUGGAGAUGGAAUUGAUUUAGAAUAAUUAGAUAGUACGGGUAAUUGGUAGUUUAGUUGA